UAUUGCUAACUGCUCUCGAAUCGAGUCAAGUUAUUUUUAUCUCUCUCAUUUAUUUUCAUACAGUUUACUUAUCCUCUCUUGGUUUUUCAAACUUUCUCUAAAAAUCACUUUAAAUUUCUCUUUUAAAAUUAUAUAAAGGGCUAUAAAAUGGGCAAAAUUAAGGCAGGCACCGUUGUCGACAUCCUCGGAGACGAAAUGACUCGUAUCAUUUGGGAUUCCAUCAAGGAAAAACUGAUUUUACCAUAUUUGGAUAUUGAUUUGAAAGUUUAUGACCUGGGCAUCGAAAACAGGGAUAAAACCAACGAUCAGGUAACAAUUGACUGUGCUGAAGCUGUCAAGAAAUACAAUGUGGGUAUCAAAUGUGCCACAAUCACUCCUGAUGAGAAAAGAGUGGAAGAGUUCAACCUUAAGCAGAUGUGGAAAUCCCCUAACGGAACAAUUAGGAAUAUUUUAGGAGGUACAGUAUUCAGAGAAGCGAUUAUUUGCAAAAACAUUCCACGUCUGGUGACUGGAUGGAAGGAACCCAUCAUUAUUGGCAGACAUGCCCAUGGGGACCAGUACAAAGCCACUGACUUUGUGGUUCCCGGUGCUGGCAAGUUAGAAAUUACUUUUGUGGGUACUAAUGGAGAAAAAAUUAGCCAUGUUGUACAUCAAUAUAAAGGGGCUGGAGUUGCAAUAGCUAUGUACAACACUGACGAAUCAAUCAUUGAUUUCGCCCAUUCCUCUUUUAAGUAUGCCUUGGAUAGGGCUCUCCCUCUAUACUUAAGUACUAAAAACACAAUUCUCAAGAAGUACGAUGGAAGAUUCAAGGAUAUUUUCCAGGAUAUUUACGACAGAGAAUACAAAUCCCAAUUCGAAUCCAAGAAUAUCUGGUACGAACACAGACUCAUCGAUGAUAUGGUUGCCUACGCCAUGAAAUCCGAAGGAGGUUUCGUGUGGGCCUGCAAAAAUUACGACGGUGAUGUCCAGAGUGACUCAGUGGCCCAAGGUUACGGCUCUCUUGGUCUAAUGACGUCAGUCUUGGUCUGUCCCGAUGGAAAAACUGUCGAAGCUGAAGCUGCCCAUGGCACUGUUACUCGCCAUUUCAGAUUUUAUCAGCAGGGCAAGGAGACCUCCACCAACCCAAUCGCUUCGAUCUUUGCUUGGACUAGAGGUCUUCUUCAUAGAGCCAAAUUGGACAGUAACGAACCACUGAAACGCUUUGCUGAGACUUUGGAAAAGGUGUGCAUCGACACGAUCGAAUCCGGUUUUAUGACCAAAGAUUUGGCCAUUUGUAUUAAGGGCAUGAGCAAAGUCCAGAGGUCCGACUAUUUGGAAACCUUUGAAUUCAUGGAUAAACUCGCGGAGAACUUGAAGAACGCGUUGGGAGCCUAAUUUUAAGACUGAUAAAUUAAUUUUAAGUAUUAAAUCAGUUUUAUGGUGUUUGGCGGUCUGAUUAGGUGUAAUCGUGUAUUUGCUUUUCUUGAUUUGGUGGGUUUUUGUUAUGCGGUUUUCUAUACAAAAUUUAUUUUUUUUUUGUUAUUGUUUCAAAGUUUUUUUUAAUUAUAUUUUAAUUGUAAUGUCAGCUAUUUAUAUUGUCUUUUUACUAAAUUAUGUGGAAAACAACAUCUUAAUAUAUUUGAUUAAAAAUAA